GUGCCUGAUGCCCCUCAACUGGGCAAAGGGGGACGAUCCGCUGGGGGUCGUGCAAGGAGGAAGAGAUUGCUGCCUUCAUUUUAUAUUCGAUGGAUGGCUUUUGUUCAAAAACCCCGCCCAACAUCGUUUUCCAUCCCAUCAAUGUGAGCACAAUCAGAGAGGGUGGCAGACUCAAGAGUCAGGGGGCGGCAUGCUGUCGUCUGUAGACACAGGAGCUCCAAGACAGAAGCAAAAUCUCCCAGGUCAGUGGGACGCCUAUCCACAGCCGUCAUUCCGUGCAUGUGUGUAUGUGUCUCCCUUUCUGUCCGUCCGUGUAUGUCUUCAGCCGAUGAUGCGGCACAGGCCUAGUUCCUCUUCGCCACGCCAUUCCUCGCCUGCGGGAAUGGGCAGCGGCUGGGAAACAACGAGACGACCACGGCCAUCGAGGUGUGCGAGGCCGAUCUGCCGCCCGACCACGCCCUGAUAAUGACGGUGCCCCUCUUCCCCCCCGGCCCCCCCACCAGCAACUCGGUGCUGCCGCUGCUCGACCAGCGCAAGCCGCUGCUGAUGCAGCAGCACGGCCUCCACACCGAGGAGGAGUGGGCGGCGUGGCGGGCCGAGAAGGCCAGCAAGUCGGGGCUGGACCUCGACGACAGCCGGGAAGUGUGCAGGGCGCUGCAGGUGGUGGGGGUGGAGGGAGUGGAGCAGGAGGUGGCGCGAGUGGUGAUGAUUAAGGACAUGUUUGACAAAUUCAUGAUGAUGCGUGAGGUGAGUCACAUACAUACAUGAGAGGGGAGAUGACAGACGGAGGGAGAUGCGCUCAUCUGUCUUGUCUCUGCGUCGGUGUGUGUGCAGACGAGGGUGCCGCUGGUGGAUGACGAGUAUCGCAGCGCCCUCUCCAGCGCCACAGCCGCGGAGGACAUCUUGGCGGCCGGGAUGGAGCGGGCCAGGGGCGGCAGCAGCGGCAAGACAUUCGUGUGGGGGGACCUCACGCCAUCCAACGCCUUGGUCGCCAUCAGCAGAUACGAGCUGGCGCUCAAGGCCGGGGGC